AUGCCUCCCAAGACGCAAAGAGUCCUCGUUGAGCGCGCAGGAGGUGGCCGUCGUCUCGGUGCGCAGAGGGGAUAUCUGGGACAGGCGUACGAGGCGGUCACGUCGUCGGAGAACGCGAGUGUGGUGAGGAGUAUUGCUGUUUUCGGGGUUGCUGUGGCAUUCUUCUCGAGCCAGUGGAGUGAUAUGUUGUUGCCUGCUUUGUAA